GUGGUAGAAGCAGCCAAAACCAUUAUGGACAGUGGUGAAGAAAUUCCUGUAACACUAACUGGAAAGCUGUUGAAAUUUCAACUGCUUUGUCUCAAACAGAAGGAUCUUCAGAGAAGAGAAGCUGAAAAGAAGGCAGAAGAAGAGCAACAAAAGGAAAAAGAUGGAGGGAAGGAGAAAGGUAAAACUCCUGGCAAGAAGGAGGACCGCCGUAGUGCUAAGACAGCUGAGAAAGAAAAGAAAAGAAAAAAGACAGAAGCAGGCUCUCUAGCAUGUGUCUCUUUUAAAAAGGACACCAAAUUGAAGCGACGGGGAGAUGUGGAAGAGCAAGACAAAUACAUUGAUGAUGAACCAGAUGAUGGUGCCCAUCAUUACUUUAUAAUUUCGGAUUUCCACAACCUUCAGCUGUUGCCUGUGAUGUCUGAGCUUGGAGUUAACAUUUCAAGUGUAAUUAGAAUUUCUUCUGAGAAUUAUAAGCCCUUGCAGACAUACUUGGAAGAAGCUAAACUUCAGGAACAAUCAUUAUGUUCACCUGAAGCUAUAGAAACAGAGAAAAGAAAGAAAGAUGAAGCUAUCAAAGACCUGGAAACAUUUUGGAAAUACCUGGAGCCAGUUCUGAACAGUGGAAAGCAUGGAUCAUGUCUCUUCGAUGUUGCCAGACUUCAUCACCUUGUUAAGGAGAGUGCCUUUCCCUCUGAUUGGUCUGAUGGAGAAAUGCUGCUUGCAUUAGGCACUGUGCUGUUUGAAAGCGUCGCUUGUUUAAUGUAUGACUGCCUGGACUGGAGAAGACAGCAUUGUAACUACUUGGAAAACACGAAGUUUAUUAAUGUGUCUGCAUUCUCAGAGAGCAAAUCAACACAACCACCUGUAGCUGAGGUACCAUCAGCAUCACAGGUUACACCUUCAAAGAAAAAAAGGCAAGCAGAAGAAACUCUGCCAACAGUAAUUUUGUCACAGGCAACAGAGGAAGAAGCUUCUAUUUUGGCUCCUUCAGUGGACAUGAGGUAUUACAAUGACUUGCUGAGUCAGAUUCCUGAGGAAUACUUUUCUAUACCCUUAAUGCUGAACUGCAUGUUGGAACAGGUUAUUGCUAGUGAAGAAGACCUUAAACCACCAAGUCUGGUGAUGCCAGAGCCCCGGGAAGAUGGGCUACAUCGUACCAUUGCAGAGCAUAUAGCCUCUGUCCUUCCAUCUCUUUCACUUUCCCAGAGUGAAAAAAAGAAUCUAUAUGACUACUUUUCUCCUAAAUUCAGUGAAAAAAAGAUUGGCAUCCCCAAGUACCCUCUCUUAUUUAACUACCAUGAUACCCUGGCUCAGCGGUUGCACCUGCUGCAGGUCCAAGAGAACUUAAAUCUCGAAAAGAUUGAACGUGAAAUGAUGGAUAAACUGCCUCUUACAGAACUUACCCGUUUCACCCUUCCUUCAACUGAAAGCAACUCUAAACGCUUGGCCAGAGUUCAUGAGCUCAUGCAUUAUUGUACUGGUGAACUUCUGAGUUGGGCUGAAGUAGAAAGAGCCUUCAGAGUGUUUACUUUUGAAAGCCUGAGCCUGACUGGACUGAGGGACUCUGAUCUCUUGGAAAGCUCUGGAUCUAUGGUUGGAGGUGAUUCUGAAGUGUCUUAUAUCCCCUGGGAUAAUCCAGCCCAGUUUGCAGGACAGCUGAGACAACUAUUCCUUACAGAAAAGAAGCUUAGUGGGAAGUCUCCAACAGGCUCUG